AUGCCCGCGCCGACCCCCGCGCACAAGGGCCCCCGGCAGCCGCGCCGCGUGUGGUUCGUGCGGGACCCCCUGGGCCUCGCGUGCGCCGCGGCCACGUGGCUGCUGCUGCUGGGCGGGUGCGCGGUGCUGCUGCGCGAGCUGCUGGGGCCGGCGCGGGGCGGCGCGGACGGCGGGGCGCACGGCGGGGCGCACGGCGCGCUCUCCCUGGCGCUGGCCGGCCUGGCGCUGGCGGCGCACACGCGGACCCUGCUCACCGACCCGGGCGCCCUGCCGGUGGGCGCGGGGUCCGGCCUGGGCGCCGAGCCCGGGGGCCCCCGCUGCUCCGUCUGCGACCUGGUCCGGCCGCCGGGCGCGCACCACUGCCCCGUGUGCGGGCGCUGCAUCCGCCGCGUGGACCACCACUGCCCGUGGGUCAACAACUGCGUGGGCGAGGACAACCGCAAGUUCUUCCUGCUGUUCACGCUGUACACGGCGCUGGCCGCGCUGCACGCGCUGCUGCUGCUCGGGGUGCCCGCCCUGCGGGGCUACGCGCACGGCCGCCGGGCGCCCCGCGCGCCGCUGCUCUUCCUCCUCCUGGCGGCGCUGUACGGCUUCCUCUUCGCGGCCGUGAUGCUCGCCCUCCAGCUGGGCACGGUCUGCACCGACCGCACCGCGAGGGCGCGGGGCGAGCGCGGCUGGCGGGCCGCGUGGAUGAACCUGAGGGACGCCCUGGGCCACCCGCCCUCCCUGGCCUGGCUCAGCCCCUUCGCCUCCCCGCGACCCCCGAGGCCCAGUGCGCGCGACCGCGUGGUCUGA